AUGGUUGGAGUCGCAGGAAGUUCCAAGGGCUGCAACACGUGCCGGAAACGCAAGAUCCACAAUCUGAGCGCCUUGGACCGCGAGACGUUGUUGACGAGGACGCAGCCGUUGGUUUCGCUCACGGACUUGAGGCGGCAAAUCACUGUUGAUGGCGACGCACGCUCGGUUGACCAGUUCACGCCGGGCAGUGACUCCGGAACGGGUGGCACCAGCGUAAUGACCGCGAGGAUAACGUCCCAAGACCAGAAGUUUGAGGGGUUAAGGAACACCGCCGGGCUUGCGGAGGUGUUUGUCGACUUUCUCGCCAACUACAUCCCCAGGAGAGAAGAAGAAGAAGGAGAGGAAGGAGAAGAACGUGACACCGGACUUCAGAACGCGAAAAAGACCCAACAAGUUUCCUGGCUCCAGGCCAUCGACCCGUCGUCGCUGGAAAACAGCGCCUCGCUCGAUCUCGCAAUCCUGGCAUUGAGCCUCUCCUGUCUGGGUCGCAGACACGGCGACGAGCGGCUCCGACGUGAAGGCACGGCCAACUACGGGAGAGCGCUGCGUCGACUCCAGGACAUUCUCUCGCACCACAGCCUGCUUUUGGAGGAGCAGACUCUGGCCAGUUUCUCCGGGAAGAACACCUCCGGAUGGGUUAGCCACGUCGAGGGGAUGGCGAGGUUAGUCGAGCUUCGAGGACCCGAAUCCCAUAUGACGGGAUCGAGCCAUCGACUCUUCCUGGGAUUCAGAUCCACCGCUAUCACCCACGCCCUGGCCACCCGCAAAUCGAUCUUUCUCGCCCAACGGGACUGGCUGACCGUGCCGUGGAAGAUACACCCCAAGUCGGAUCUUGACCGGUUACAGGAUAUCAUGGCUCAAGUUGCGACUCUGCUCGAGAAAGCCGAACGACUUAGGACUGCUUCGACUUCCACCGCCGUCGCCGCCACCGUGCCAGAGAGAACAGCACUCGUCCAUCAAGGAUGGAUAUUUCACUCUCAACUCCAGACCUGGUACCAGCGACUGGUCCGCAAGCACGCCGGGUGUGGAGCGCUGUAUUGGGAGCGACCGGUGUCGGCACGAUUUCAUCUGCCUGUCCCGAGUGUGUUUACAACGUCACUACAGUUUCCGACCUUUGAAAUCGCCCGACUCCAUCUCUCCUACUGGACCAUGCUGCUCUUACUGCGCACGAGCAUCCUCUCCCUUGCCUCGCGAGAGUCGCACCCAAGCAACACUGACACUGACACUGGUGCCGAACCUCCUCCUCCUCCUCCUCUGGAGGUUCCAGAGAUCCCGGACCACGACCUCGCAACCAUGAUAUGCAAGUCAAUGGACUUCUUCCUCUCCGACGACGCGCGCAUCCUGGGUCCGCAAAACGUGUUUUUCGCCCUCCGCGUCGCCACACACGUGUUUUCCCGCCCCGCCACCACCACCUCCACCGCUGGAACACCCCACCACCUGCGAAUCGUCGAGUGGUGUCGCGCCGUUUUUGACGAGUUGGACCGCCGGGGGUAUUCGUUGGGCAGGAUCUUGGCGGAGUGUCCGUGGGAUGAGAUCCCGGCGUUGUUGUCGCCUCGCAACCACGGCAUCACCUCACGACGAAGGCCAGGGCCGGGGGUAGAGUUAGGGGAUAUAGGAGAGGGAUAA